AUGAGGCAUAAAACCUUCUACCCAACUACUGCUUUCUUUUGCUUGAUCUUCUAUUUUGCACCCUUAGCCAAAGGCCUACCCGAUUAUGUUUACUAUGAUAAGUUCAAUGGACCUCUUAGGUGCAAUUUCUAUGAUAAAUCUUGCCCUAACUUGCUCAUGUUAGUUAAGUGGGGUGUUUGGGCAGCGUUCAAGAAUGACACAAGAAUAGCUGCAUCCCUUCUUCGGCUACAUUUUCAUGAUUGUUUUGUUAAUGGAUGUGAUGGCUCUGUUCUUCUUGAUGAUACUCAAGAAUUCAAGGGGGAGAAGAAUGCUUUACCCAACCGCAAUUCAGUUCGAGGAUUUGAAGUUAUUGACAGUAUAAAGGCAGAUGUAGAAAAAUCCUGCCCAGAAAUUGUAUCUUGUGUUGACAUACUGACUCUUGCAGCUAGAGAAGCUGUUUCUUUGUCAGGAGGGCCUUAUUGGCCUGUUGCUUUAGGUAGGCAAGAUGGAUUAACUGCAAGUGAGAAAGCAGCAAAUGAACAGUUACCAUCACCUUUUGAACCUCUAGGGAAUAUCACUGCCAAGUUUGUAGCCAAGGGUCUUGAUUUGAAGGAUGCUGUAGUUCUUUCAGGAGCACAUACUAUUGGUUUUGCGCAAUGCUUCACUUUCAAGAGGAGGCUCUUCAAUUUCAAAGGCUCUGGAAAGCCAGAUCCUACGCUAGAUUCUUCAUUUCUCUCGAACUUGCAGAGCACUUGUUCUGAUGCUGAUGCAUCAAACAGAAAGCUUGCUCCUCUCGACUCGCAGAGCAUAUACAGGUUCGAUAACAUGUACUAUAAGAACCUGCUGAACAACACAGGCCUUCUUGAAUCUGAUCAAGCUUUAAUUGGAGAUCCAAAAGCUGCUGCAAUGGUCAAGGACUAUAGUAUGGAUCCAUUUCUCUUUUCAAAAGAUUUUGCAGCGUCGAUGGUAAAGCUUGGAAAUAUCGGUGUGCUCACCGGACAAUCUGGGGAGAUUCGAAAAAAAUGUGGCUUCAUAAACUAG